UGUUUACAAUACAACACUUCAGUUGCCAGUGUAGUUGUCUGUGGAUACAGCUGUGCGAUAUUCAAUUGUUUUAACUCUGUUUAAUUGUUUUAACCACCCAAAGUAAUGGGAAUGAUGAGAAUCUAUCAAUCUAAAUUAUCCUUAAAUUAUAGCAACUUAAAAUCAAAUUGUGUCAUAGCAAAAGCUUAUUCUUAACUAAAAAUUUGAAGUUUUUGAAGGACUAAAAGUGCUCUUCAAUAAUAUACAUCCCUAUAAAUUCUAGUCAGUUAAAUCCUACUACGAUGAGUUCUGCGGAUCGUUCAAUUUCAUCAGGAUUUACCAUUCCUCAGUGGAUGAAACCAAAAAUUAAUGAAAGAUACGAUUUGGAUCAGUCUACCUUUUCUCCACCAGCAGGAGAUGACAGUUUUUUUUUAGUUCGUUAUAUGAAACAAGAUGCAAUUAAUGAAAAUACAAAUGAGUCUUUAAUGAACAAAAGCAAAUCAGUUGGAGAAAAUUUAUCUGAAAUUAAUGUUAAACCUAUAAAUAAAAUUCCUCCUACAUUGAUUGUAACGGAGCCACCUGAAUAUAAAGGACAUCCUCUUGCUUGUCAACGUUUUAUUACAAAUGCAUGUGGUGACGCAGUAGCAGCGGCAAGUUUAGGAGAUAAAGUGGCUGAUCCUCCGAAAUCAUUGGGAGUUGACGAUGGUUUUAAAACGGGUGCAUCUGAAUGCGGCAAAUCCAUUGUUGCUAUGGCCCAUCAAAUGGUAUCUGGUCGUAGAUUGUAUAAAGGUCGUGCUUCUGCUGGUCCUCAAGACAUUUUAGUGUCAGGACCACCUCCGUCUACAUUAUCAAAACGAAGAAAUAGCAAAUCACUUCCAGCAAGUCCGAUGUGCACUCCUCCAGGAUCACCUCGCUCUGUUCGAAAAAAUCCAUUUUUUACUGCACCAUUUCAAGAAGAAUCUGGUGAAAAAUAUGGAUCCUCGUGGUUACUCUCAAAUUUAUUUUCACAUAGGGUUGAUUCUCAAGAAGAAUUAACUGAAAAGGAACAAAAAAAGCUACCAAAACCGUCAUCUUCUAACAAUUUGUAUGUAAAACCCAAACCAUCAGAACUCAGAGAAAUGAAUUUUUGGUCUCCAACAUCAAUGUAAAAGUUAUAAGUUGAUUCGUAUAUAAUGUUUUGAGAAAAAAAAUUUGUCAUUGUCUUUUUAAUAUUUUCCCAUCCUAAAUUUCAUUUUAUUUUAUUGUUUUAUUUAAGGUACUUUUAUUACUUAAAUGCAUUGGAAUAUUUUUAAUAUCCAUCACACACAUAUUACUUAUUACAAUAAAAUUUGUGAUAUAUGUAAAUGUUUUUUUGAAAAUUAAAAUAUUUUAGUAAAUUAUGAUAUAACA